UCUGAGGAGAGAAGUGUUAGUGGAUUUCCUCACAUGGAUUGCACGAUGGCUUAUUUGGACAGCCUUAGAAAUUACUCCCACUGUCCACCCAAGAAGCGGCCGCUGGCCUUCUACAACGUACAGGAUGAUGAUGGUGCUGAUGACCAGCCACAGGAUCUUAGUGUCAAGCGACGUCGCCAUGAUGAGGACGAGAGCUCUCCCCGCCCCAGCUCCCCACAAGUGUCCCUGUCGUCUGUGCCACGCCCUCACACACCGCCCGCGCCACGCCCUACCACACCUCAACCACUCGAGCACCCUCCCACCAGCCCACCACGGAUGCCAUCCCUCGCUGACUUUUACCUGAAGCUGUUCCAGUCGACGGCGGUGCAGCAGCAGCAGCAACAGAGUGAGUGGUGGCGAGGGUCAGUCAUGUGGCCCCUUAUGCACACUGCCGCCCACCCCGCCCUCGCCACGCACUCUACUCUCGCUCCCCAUCCUACCCUUGCCGCUCACCCUGUGUUGGCCGCCCGCCUGGCCUCACCUCAGCCCUCAGAGGACCGACUGGCUUCGCCUCGCUCUACGGCCUCGGAGGACUCGGGUAUGGGCACUGAGUCACUUAGCGAGGACGAGAUUGACGUAACCAGCGACACAGAAGUGUAUCGCAGGACCGCCUUCGAUGCUGUCCACGAUCCUGCAGCACCACGCGGCGAAGCACGUUACUCGUGCACGGAAUGCAGGAAGUCGUACUCCACGUACUCUGGGCUGAGCAAGCACAAGCAGUUCCACUGUGCAGCUCUGGGCACAAAGUCGUUCGCGUGCAAACACUGCGACAAAGUGUACACAAGUCUGGGUGCCCUCAAGAUGCACAUCCGUACCCACACAUUGCCUUGCAAGUGUCAGCUCUGUGGCAAGGCCUUCUCGCGGCCCUGGCUGCUGCAGGGGCACAUCAGGACCCACACCGGUGAGAAGCCCUUCCAGUGUUCGCAAUGUGACCGCUGCUUCGCUGACCGCAGCAACCUGCGGGCACACCUCCAGACUCACGCUGAUGUCAAGAAGUACGCGUGUGUCACCUGCCAUAAGACCUUCUCCAGGAUGUCCCUCCUCAACAAGCACACCGAGGCCGCCUGCCCUGCCAGACCCCACCAUCAGGAGUUCCCCCCAGCAGUGCCCCAGUGAGUCCCCUGUUCCAAAGACGAUGGGAGGAGGGGGGAUUUACAUCCACCAGCAUCUAGUCACAGCCACAUCACUGUACAGUCAGUCCUUAGUAAGCAGGACACAUUUGCACAAUAUAUAUAUAUUUUAUGUUA